GACAUAGUUUCCCAAAAUAUGUUUUUUGGAUUCAGGGAGGUCUAAAAUGUUGGGAUUCGUCAAAAUUUAGAAUUUUUUGACGACUACAGUGCUUUUUCUUUGUUCAUCGUUUACGAGAGUGAAAUAAUGUUUAAAUUAUUGACUAAGAGAAGAAAACAAAGUAAAGAACAUCAAAAGUGCUGGCAUUGUAAAAUUUGAAUACGAUAGGUUAGCAAAAUUCGAAACUGUAUCACUAUAAAGAGCCGCUAACCAACGCUUGAUGAAGCGAUAAUAAAUCGCAAGACAGACAUUUUUGAUGAUGAAGAACUUAUAAAGUCAGGUUUGCUGCAAGAAACGAGCGAGGUAUUGCUGAUAUCUAAAACACAUCUGACGCGACUGCUUUUAAGGCAUUAUUUUAAAAGCUGCGAGAUUUUUGUCUGCAAUUAUGAGGGAAACUCUCUGUCUCUUAAUUAUUUUGGGUUUAAUAGCAAGUUGUUUCACUUUGAACUGCCUGAAUUGCGAUUUGCAAACAUGCAGAGAUCCCGGACCAUGCCCGAGAGGCAAAUCAUCGGACCUUUGUAAUUGCUGUCCAGUGUGCCUCAGGGGUGUAGGUGAGCAGUGUGGUGGACCAAUGAGUAUAUUUGGAAAAUGCCUCGAUCAUCUGAGUUGUGUCCAGCUGUCAGGUGAACUUGAUGACCCUACCCACGCUUCGAACGCUAUCGGUAUAUGCCUGGCCUUGCCAUGA